GUUCAUUGUACGGGUAGCAGCCUGUGCCGAUACGUUGAUUGUGUCACUUAGGGGUGAACCAAUAUGCUGCUAGAGCGUUUGUUGGAGCCCUGCUGACAGAAUAAAUAUAACGCAGACGGGUACUUGUACUGGUUUCGCGAUGACAAUUUCGGGGGUCGUGGUAGCGUGUAUAUUGCUGCGAUGUGCCGUAGCGAGGAGUAGCCAACCUAACAUAGUGUUUGUGCUAGCGGACGAGCUGGGUUGGCAUGAUAUAGGUUACCAUGGAUCCAGAGUUCAGACCCCUCAUCUGGAUAAACUGGCGAGUGAAGGGAUCAAAUUGGAGAACUACUAUGUCCAACCGAUGUGCACACCGACAAGAAGUCAGUUAAUGUCAGGGCGAUACCAGAUACACACAGGUCUACAACACACGGUGAUAAAUCCUGACCAGCGUUCGUGCCUGCCACUUGAUGAGGUUACAAUCGCACAAAAACUAAAAGAAGCCGGAUAUUCCACCCACAUGGUUGGUAAAUGGCACUUGGGUCACUACACUAAAGGGUGCCUGCCUACUAAACGUGGAUUCGACAGUUUCUUCGGAUUUUACAAUUGUGCAGUUGACUAUUACACCUACGAGAAGGGAAAAUUCUGCAAGUUUGAGAACGAAACCGUACUACGCAUGCGCGGAACGGAUCUCUGGAGAAAUGAUGAAGAACAUGUUGCUCCAUACUAUCAAGGUCAUUAUCAGACGCACGUAUUGGCAAAAGAGGCUGAGGAUGUCAUCAGAAAACAUAAUCCAUCAAAACCACUGUUUCUAUACCUAGCUUUUGGAGCUGUGCAUGUUCCAUUAGAGGUACCUAAGGUAUAUGAAGACAUGUAUGCUGACGUCAAAGAUAAUAGCAGGCGAAUUCUUCUUGCUAUGGCAACAUGUAUGGAUGAUUCUAUCGCCGACGUCACAGGAGCACUUAAAGAUACAGGACUUUGGGAUAACACGAUAUUUAUAUUUUCCACAGACAAUGGUGCAGCUACUGCAUAUGGCGGAUGCAGUUGGCCGCUGAAGGGUGGGAAAACGUCCCUCUUUGAAGGUGGAAUCCGAGCAGUAGGGUUUGUCACAAGUCCGUUAUUGCCACCAGACAUGCAGGGUACUGAGAAUAUGGAGUUGAUGCACGUAUCAGACUGGUUUCCUACGCUAGUGCACGUGGCUGGUGGAGAAUUGAGUGGUACCAAGCCCUUGGAUGGAUAUAACCAGUGGGAAACGAUCAGUCUUGGUAGGCCAUCGCAGAGAACUGAGAUUCUGAUAAACAUUGACCCAUUAAUACCAUGUGAGGCAUGCGCAAACCACACUAAAUGGGAUCACAAGAAAUUUGAUGUCCACGUACAUGCUGCUAUCAGAAUGGGAGAAUGGAAACUCAUAACUGGCAAUCCACAUCACAACUACUGGGUGACUCCAGCUGAAUAUCCAAAUAUGAAAAACAUUUAUUUGAAUGAACCUGGUAAAAUGGUCUGGUUGUACAAUAUUGCUGCGGAUCCAAACGAACAGGAUGAUCUUUCGGAUACUUUCCCCGGCAUUGUCAACAUUCUCUUAGACAGGCUGGCGGAGUACAAUGAAACAGCCGUGCCCGUGCAAUUCCCGGACUGUGAUACGGGUGCUGACCCAGCACGACGAGGAGGAAGUUGGGGUCCGUGGGUUUAA